GUUCCGCGUUCGUCAAAUCUGUCAUGGACGUGCAACCUAAAGAGCUCUAACAUAGUGGCUCUUUGCCUCGCUAUCGCCAUUACUCUACGACAAAAUGACCAGGAAACUGGGAAGAAACGGCCUGAAAAAUGCACUGAGAUUGGCAUGGGUUCUGAUCACGCUCUGGUUCGAGUUGGGCACAUUCUAUAGCGCUCAGAAAGCAUGCAGCUGGUUGGACGCUGAAUUUUCUAUAGGAAGCAAUCUGACACACGUUUUAGUCAUCGCAGAUCCUCAAAUUCUUGACCAUCGUUCAUAUCCUGACCGCAAUGUUCUCCUCCAGUACCUUUCUCAGGUCAUAGUAGACCUCAAUCUACGGAAGAACUGGCGUAGCGCUUUACGUUCCCGGCCCGAUGUUGUCCUUUUUCUCGGAGACAUGAUGGAUGGCGGAAGAGUAGAUAUGUCGGAUUCUGAAUACGAAGCAUAUUACAGAAGGUUUCUUUCCAUAUUCAAGUUGGACGAGGAGAUACCUCGAUACACUAUACCAGGCAACCACGAUAUCGGGUUAGGAAGCCAUUCUUGGUUCUCUCCAAAGGCUUAUGAGCGGUAUAUAUCUCAUUUCGGCCCCUUGAACUUCGACGUCACCAUUGGCAACCAUACCUUUGUCUUUCUAAAUGGUCCAAGUUUGGUGGAGGAGGACUAUAAGCGCCAUGGCUAUAGAAUUGGGUAUGAUCAAUGGAAUCCCAUUCCUGGCGGGACGAUUGAUUUUGUAAAAAGAUUUGCGAAAAAGGAACAAGAGCGGCCUGUCAUCCUACUGAACCAUAUUCCACUUUCGCGACCGGAGGGGUCGUAUUGUGGACCGCUCAGAGAGAGGGGAUCAAUCCAUCGGGGCGUUGGUAUAGGCUAUCAAAAUACUCUUGGAAAGGACUCGAGCCGUUUCCUUUUGGAGAGUCUCAAACCGGUAUUAGUCUUGAGUGGCGACGACCAUGACUAUUGUGACUAUACUCACGUAUUGUCCACAUCCGAUAACGCAACUCAGAUACGCGAGGUUACUGUCAAAUCGUUGUCUAUGGCCAUGGGGAUACGACGACCUGGAUACCAGAUGUUGUCGCUUGCAUCAGGAGAGGGAUCGACACCGGGUUUCAUAGCUGCACCCUGCGUCAUGCCUGAUCAGCUCGGAAUAUAUCUGUCGGGCUACAUCCCUCUUGUGAUACUUUCCGUCCUGGGAAUUCUUGCGUACCAUGUCGUUCAGAGGGUGUUUUCUCAUAAGCGCGUCCGACCACUUACUUCCCGCCAAAGGAGCAGGUCUAAUGAGAAAGCCUAUUCUCAUCGCAGGGAAGUGCGUCUCCGGGCGGUUGGUUUCAGUGAGGGAAGCUAUUCGCUGAAGGGAUUUGAAGACGAGGAAACGGGGUAUUCCGCUCCCUUACCAAUGAGGUCCACAGGUACCAGGAAACCUCCUCCCUCCCGGGAUCGAAGAGACGGUACAUCGUCGUGUGGAAUGACCUUUUCCUGUUUAACAUUGUUGUGCCUUCGGCGAGGCACCUUUGUAGGAGACUUCCUGCGGGACGUCAGAGACGUGGCUAUUUUCCCCUUGACCGUGCUUUUCCUUCUCUCAUUAUGGAUAUUGACUGAUUCCUGAUACGUAUGGACAACGUUGUUGUAAUUCCGGACCAAUCGAUUAUUGAGGGUUUUUUUUCAAUCGAUGAGCGACAUCAAGGGGGACCAUAUGUAGUCACUUGUUUGUCACUGGCAGUUGAUC